GAGCUUCUGUAUAAUUUCUGCUAUUCACUGGCAACUAAAUCCUGAAUGACUGGCGUUUGUCAUCAAAAGAAUAAUAAUAAUUAAUUUUUUGAGUUUAAAUAUAUAAUUAACUACUAAUUAUUAAAAGAUGUUUCUGACAAGAUCAGAGUACGAUCGUGGUGUCAAUACUUUUUCCCCAGAGGGUAGAUUGUUCCAAGUUGAGUAUGCUAUCGAAGCAAUAAAACUCGGGUCAACGGUGAUCGGAAUUUCAACAUCCGAAGGCGUUGUUUUGGCUGCGGAGAGACGAAUCACGUCACCGCUGAUGGAGUCGACAACUAUUGAGAAGAUAGUAGAGGUUGACAAGCACAUCGGCUGCGCUGGGUCAGGUCUGAUGGCUGAUUCCAGGACGAUGAUUGAUCGCGCUCGUGCUGAGUGCCAGAAUCACUGGUUCAUUUACAACGAGAAAAUGACUGUCGAGUCUGUCGCUCAGGCUGUUUCUAAUCUCGCGAUCCAGUUUGGGGACAGCGACGAUGAUGGCAGUGCCAUGUCCAGACCAUUUGGAGUCGCUAUUCUCUUCGCGGGUAUUGAUGAAAAAGGACCGCAGUUGUUUCACAUGGAUCCUUCUGGUACUUUCGUUCAGUUUGAUGCCAAAGCUAUUGGAUCCGGAAGUGAAGGAGCUCAGCAAUCUCUUCAAGAAGUUUUCCACAAGUCAAUGACAUUGAAAGAGGCAAUAAAAUCAACACUAACAAUUUUAAAACAAGUUAUGGAAGAGAAAUUAAAUGAAACAAAUGUCGAGCUAAUGACAAUGACUCCCGAGAGCAAGUUUCACAUGUUUUCAAAAUCAGAGCUGCAGGAGGUGAUUAAGGACAUUGCUUAAUUAUUUAAUAAUAACUUUUAAAUAAAUAACUUAAAGCAUCGUUAAUAGUGUUGACCAUCUACGCCAAGUGAAAGUGCUUUAAUUAAUUUUCAUACAUUAUUACUCUUAAA